AUGGCUUUGAGGCAAUUAGUCGAAGGCGAUUGUGGCGGGGUAAAUCCGCUCAUGCAAUUGGGUGGGGAGUUUACACGAGAUGUUGCCCGUAAGGACGAGGGAUUUUCACAGGGAAUAUUCGAACGUAAUAUGCGUCCAGACGAACAAAUGGUAAACGAAUUUUUGGGACAAGUGUCUGCUCCGCCACAAUCGUUUCAGAUGGAUACCCUAUUGCAAGAAAUGCGUCAGAUAGAACAAGCUUCUUGUCAACCACAGGCAGCGCCUCGGGUCAUUGAUGAAGUAGUUGGACAAUGGUCAAAGGAUUUUAGAAAUGAGUUUGCCAAUCAAGUGCCUACACAACAACUACAACCGACUGGCCAUGUGAGAGACUUCUUCGAGGAAAGUCCGAGCACCUCGACAUCAUAUUUGAACAGACCUGUACCAUAUGUGCCAAUGUAUGCACCUCUAACGAGUGAUGGCCAACAAGCCCAGACGGGCUUGACAGACAAAUUUUUCGAAGAAGCUCAAGCUCUGGAAACCCUUGAGCUGCCUGCCAGUUUGCAAGGUGAAGAUUGGGUUAAUGAUUACAAGGCUAGCAACGAGAGCAAUGAACAGGCCGCAGCAAACUAUAAUGAGAAGUUUUGGCAACGUCUCCAGGACGAGUGGGCAAAAAUAUCAGAGGAAUCAGAUCAUCCUUGGCUGUCUGAGUUCGACGAAAGCUAUGACCCUUACAAGGAGUAUAAGUUCGCUGAAGAAAACCCAAUGAAAGAUAUACACAACCCUCUGGAAAAAGGAAAAGAAUAUCUGGCCAAAGGGGACAUUCCCAGUGCGGUUUUAUGUUUUGAGGUUGCAGUCAGCAAAGACCCCGAAAAUGCCGAUGCGUGGGAAUAUUUAGGUAUAAGCCAGGCGGAAAAUGAGAUGGACCCACAGGGUAUCGCUGCCCUUAAGAAGUCAUUGGAUUUAAAACCAGACAAUGCGAAAGUUUUAAUGGCCUUGGCGGUCUGCUACACAAACGAAAGCUUGCAGUCGCAAGCUGUUAAAAUGCUAACGACCUGGCUGCAGAAUAAUCCGAAAUAUAAACACCUAGUUGCGCCUUCCCAUGCUGAGUCUACUGCGGACAAUGCUGCAGCUCUAGCGUCGUCCCUGAUUAGAGGCAAUAGACUUCAAGAAGUGCAGGAUAUGUUUCUUGAAGCAGUACGUAUGAAUCCGCAGGACGUUGAUCCGGAAGUACAAGAGGCUUUGGGUGUACUUUAUAAUCUAUCUGCAGAAUAUGAUAAAGCCGUUGAUUGUUUUAAGGCAGCGCUACAAGUUGAUCCGCAGAACGCAAAGAUUUGGAACCGCCUAGGUGCGAGCUUGGCCAAUGGAUCUCGAUCGGUUGAAGCUGUAGAAGCCUAUCAAAGGGCUCUUGAAUUGGAACCCGGCUUUAUUCGCGUCCGAUACAAUGUUGGUGUGUGCUGUUUAAACUUAAAGGCAUAUAAACAAGCCUGUGAGCACCUACUAACAGCAUUGAAUAUGCAGGCAAAUGUUGCCGCCACACGAGAAUUUGCCCAAGGAGCUCUGGGUUCAAGCCAACAGAUGUCUGAGUCAAUAUGGAGUACAUUGAAAAUGGUGGUUUCACUAAUGGGACGCAACGAUUUACAGGGACAUGUGAGCGACCGCAACCUAGCGGCCUUGAAUGAAGCAUUUAAGGACUAA